AUGAGUCCAGCAAAUAUUACAGUAUGGGCCCGAGACACCAUGAGUGAUCUCGAGUCAGUUCCAAGCACAUUUUCCAGUUGGGACAAAUGUAUGGCGAAAUCGUAUUGCAAGUGGCCUGUCAUCGUUGGUAUCAUCGUCGGUGCGGUGGUUCUACUCGCUGUAUUAGCUUGCGUUGUCAAUUGUCUUUGUUGCGGCUAUCAAUGCUGCAAGUGCUGCUGUAGCUGUUGCUGUCCAUCAGGCAGGCGCAGAAACAAAACGCCUAAGCACUUUGAUGACCCUCCGUUCCACCAGCCUCCACCACCUGCUCCAAAUCCGGUCUAUCAAGCGUCGCCAGCCCCGCCCUCAUAUCGCGGUGCGCAACAGAGAGCGCCUUCAUUCCGCGGCGCGCAGCAGACUGCGCAUUUCGACGCGCCCAAGACCCCGGCCGCUCAGAUCAAUGAGGACGCCUUACCUGAGAUGCCUACCUGGGCCGGUGCCGUUGACAAGCAUGUUGAAGACCCUAAUCAUCGCGACGACGUCGAAAUGGAGCCAUUGAACACCCCGGACCGAAAACAGGGUGCUGGUACACCUGGUGCCGCUUACUCUGACUAUUCACCCAACCCAACCAUGGGCGGGGCUGCGGCGGGAUACAGAGGAUUUGGGCCGACUGAUCCGCAUGCACGCCGGUCUCCCGGCCCGGGAGCAGCAUUGAAUCCCGUCCAAGACCCCUAUGGCCGACGCUCGCCGGGCAUGCCUUCCCAUGGGGCAGCUGUUGAUCCUUAUGCGAGAAGAUCCCCGGGCCCGGCCGCGGCACUCAGUGCUGCGCAGGAUCCAUACGCACGACGUUCCCCGGGCCCACCCGCGGCGUUCACUGCCACUCAAGAUCCAUAUGGGCGGCGCUCAUCCGUCAUGUCACCCCCAGCCCAAGCAGCUGGCUAUGGUGCCGCAGCCCAUGACCCGUACGGUCCGCGCUCUCCGGGCCUGACAUCGCCCGUCGGCGCACCAGUCCACAACCCUUAUGACCAGCAACAGUACCACGACGCCUACGAUGACCACUCCUACAGCGCAGGCAAUGGCUACCAUGCCGUGACAGCACCUUCGCCGGUGGCUGCAUACAAGCCGCAUACCAACUACAGCCCCGUGCCAAUGUCCUUCUCCCCAUCAUCGGAAAUAGACCAUUCCGCAGCCGCGGCCCCAACACAAGGCUUCCAGCGCCAGCCAUCUUUCGGUUCUAGCCAGUAUCCCCCAACAUACACCUCCCAGCCUCCAUACCGCGCCUUCUCCCCCGGUGCUCCUUCUUCGCCCCCUCCUGCUUUCUCGGCCCCUUCGCCUUCCGAGUAUACUUCAUAUAACCCCCACGCCAACACCACCCCCAUUCCAGAGCCUGACAACAACAGACCUCCGAGCCUGUUGCAGAGCGGUAAAAAGCCUACCUUGAAUGCUUCUAGCAACUUUUGA